AUGCUCCCUUCAGAAAAUUCCCGCAUAACAGCCCUAUACAGCAAAGCCAAAUUGAAUGCUCGUAUAAGGAAUCUUGUAUCUAGGAUUAAGGUUCAUUGGCACCCAGGACGCAAUAAUUUUGUAGAGUUAAAUAUCAAGGAUGCUAUCCAGGCUGCUCUACAGACAUCAAUUAUGGACGUGUUGCUGUCAAAUCUACUGACAUUUGGCUUCAGGCUCGUUAAAGAUGGUCUUGAAUCAAAUAAUCCUGAUCCUGUUAAAGAAUUGGAUUUACUCGAAUUUCCUACUCAUUUAAUGCACAUCAUUAGUCCAAAACAAAACUGA